AUGGCGUCAAAGACAGCGACGGCAGAGCAGACGGGCGCUGCGGCGGUCAAGCCGGACGUGGACCCCGACACGACGAUCUUCAUCGGGAACCUGGCGGGCGACUGCUCGGAGGAGGACCUCAAGCAGGUGUUCGGGGCGCACGUGGAGGUGGAGAUCCCGUCGAACAAAACGGGCAAGUUCUACAAGCAGCGGUACGCGUUCGUCAAGUUCCCGGCGAAGAUAGACUUCGAGGAGGUGAAGGAGAAGUACGACAAGACGGUGGUGCGCGAGCGCAGCAUCUACGUGCGGCAGGCGCUGACCAAAGAGCAGCGCGACCUACACAAGCAGGCGCAGCGCGGCAGCCGGGUGGCGACGCGCGGCAGCCGGCGCGGCAAGAGGUUCGUGCGCGGGCAGGCGGUGCCCGCGCCGCCGCAGCGCGAGAAGGUGCCGCUGGACCAGCUGGAGCGCUCGUCGGACACGCUGUACGUGAACAACAUCCCGUACUACACCACGAAGGAGGAGAUCGCGGAGUUCUUCGGCACGAAGCCGGAGCUGAUCGUGCUGCCCAUGCGGCGCAUGCGCGACACCGUAUCGAACCGCUUCUUCUACUCCAAGUCCAUGAACCGCGGCAUCGUGUUCGUGGCCUUCGAGGGCAUGGAGGGCGACGCGAUUGUGCACAAGAUGGAGCAGUUCCAGGGCAAGGUGCUCAAGGACCGCGAGAUCACUGUCGACGUCGCGGCCAUCAAGCCCGAGUCAUACGACCACGAGCACGAGCACGAGCACGAGCACGAGCACGAGCACGAGUCCACGCCGGAGCUCGAGUCCACGCCGGAGAGCGUGUGGAAGAAGGCCAAGUCACCGGCCGCGGCGGCGCCGGCGCAGGUGUCCAUCGUGCCGGCGCAGGCAGAGGUCGCCUAG